AUGGGGCGUGCAAAGUUGAUGUGGGAGGGUAAAGAAAGUGCGGACCCCAACUCCUGCAAUGCGCCAAAACAAUUGGUAGGAGUAUUAUUAAUAUGGGAAAUGCGUGGUAACACGCGCGCAGAGUGUAAGUGGAAAAGCAUUGGUAGGAGUAUUGUUUUGGCAGUGAACCAAAGGUUUCGCUUUUUCCCAAAAACCUUGCUUCUCACUCCAGGACCUUGA